AUGAACUGUAAAAGUGAGUAUAUUUUAAGUGAUAAUGAAAUAUCAAUCAUUUAUGGACAACUACAAGCAAAACUAAAAUUAAUGUAAGAGUGUUUAAAACACAAUAAAUCUUUAAUGAAGGUUUUUCAUAAUUUUUUAUGUUUAGGACUUUGGAUAAGUAACAUGUGAAUAUGGAUCAAAAAUUGAAGCAUUUUCAAAGAAAUCAAUAGAUGAAACAAUGAAUAUUAAAACCAAUAAAUUAUUCAAAGAAAUGGGAUAAGAAGUAAUAUAGUAAUUAUUUUUAGAUUAAACUUUUAGGAUCAAAAAUAAUAGGAUAAUCUUAAGCAAUAAAAGAAUUGAUAAUUCCUAUAAAUGAUGAAAGUAAAACAUUUAAAUUAUCUUUUAAUGAUUAUGUAAAGUAAAUAGAUACAAGAAAAAAGGAUUAAGAUGAGUAAUAUAAAAAAAUAGAAGAUUUAAAAUCAAAAAUAUCCACUAUAUAAAAAUCGACAUAUUUUGUUGAAAAAUCAGUGAAUUCUCAACUCAAGCAGUUAAAAUAAUAAGAGAAAAUGAUGGAAGAAGAACAAAAAAUGAAAUAAUAAUAGGUAUUAAAAUGUAAAAAAGAUCUUUGUACUUUUAUUGAAGAAGAAAGUUUAAUGAUUGAACAUAGAAUUAACCAUUCAUCUAAUAAAUGUUAUCAAAUUAUUUACUUUAGCUUAGAAUAUUUUUUUUCUAAGUUUAAUUAAGUUGUAUUAUUAAAACAAUUGGCAGAAAGUAUUUCUACUACUUAAAACAGAACUUAAUAAAGGAGUUCAAUAGAAAAUCGAUCAUCUAAUUAUACAUAACGUUUUUCAUAUAAUUAAAGAUCUAUAUCUCCUGUUAAUCAAAAAAUGCAGUAAGAAUUAAAAUAAAUAACUAAAAAUAAUAAUAAAAUAUGUGCUCUAAAAAAUAAUGAUUAAAUUUUAAAUUAGAUACAAAAUUUUAAAUGUGAUAAUUUAUAAAAUGAUAAAUAGAAAAGCAAAACAUUUUCAAAAUUAUAAUUUAAAGAUCAACUAAUAGGUUCUUAAGAUGUUUAUGAUGAUAUUAAAGAAAAAAGUAUUUAAAAAAUAAAAAUAUCAAAAAAUAAUAAAGAGAAUUAAAAUUUAACUUUAAGUAGUAAUGCAAAUAAAAAGUAAAGUGGAAUUAAUUUAAUAAAUUUAGAAAAUAGUAAUGCUUCAAUAUUUAAUUGUAAAGGUCAUGGAUUAAGUAGUUAAGAUUCUUUAAAUGAACCUUUAAAAAAGGAAUGA